GAGCACAUCUCUCCUGCACUUUUCAUUGAUACCUCUAUCCUUUACCUCUUCGGGAUUUGACAAGCUCCAGAUGGUGGCUGUGGAUUCUGACUGCUUUGCAAAUGGGUAUUUCUUCACAGGAGCUGGGUUUUCAGCACUAAGAUGGACCUCUGAGUAACUGGGGACUUGGCCUGCCUUGCCUACUGAGCUUGGGGCAGAUGCUCCACAUCUGAGCUUGGGGCAGAUCGGAUGGAGAUGAGUUGAUUAUAUUCUAUGAAGUAAUAGCUCACCACCAGCCAGGGUUUAAACUACUUUUGCAGCAUCACUUCACCUGUGGACUCUUCUAAAUUUUGCUUGCUUGGGGAAAAAACUGGGGUAAGAGAGAAGGUCAUUUUUAAGAAGUUAGCAUCCUUCUCCCUCUUUGACAAGUUGAUGCAAAGGAUAAGGCUGUGACUCCAUUGGAUUGCGCCUUCAAAUCAAAAUAGGAGAAGCAAAAGAAGACAGGGACAAUGGCUUUGAGUGGAAACUGUAGUCGUUAUUAUCCUCGAGAACAAGGGGCUGCAGUUCCCAACUCCUUUCCUGAGGUCGUGGAGCUGAAUGUUGGCGGUCAAGUUUAUUUCACCCGCCAUUCCACAUUAAUAAGCAUCCCUCAUUCCUUCCUGUGGAAAAUGUUUUCCCCAAAGAGAGACACGGCUAACGAUCUAGCCAAGGACUCCAAAGGAAGGUUUUUCAUUGACCGAGACGGAUUCUUGUUCCGUUAUAUUCUGGACUAUCUCAGGGACAGGCAGGUGGUCCUGCCUGAUCACUUUCCAGAAAGGGGAAGACUGAAAAGGGAAGCUGAGUAUUUCCAGCUCCCAGACUUGGUCAAACUCCUGACCCCUGAUGAGAUCAAGCAAAGCCCGGACGAAUUCUGCCAUAGUGACUUUGAAGAUGCCUCCCAAGGAAGCGACACGAGAAUCUGCCCUCCUUCCUCAGUGCUCCCUGCAGACCGCAAGUGGGGCUUCAUUACUGUGGGUUACAGGGGGUCCUGCACCAUGGGCAGAGAGGGGCAGGCAGAUGCCAAGUUUCGUAGAGUUCCUCGGAUUUUGGUUUGUGGAAGGAUUUCUUUGGCAAAAGAAGUCUUUGGAGAAACUUUGAAUGAGAGCAGAGACCCUGACCGAGCCCCAGAAAGAUACACCUCCAGAUUUUAUCUCAAAUUCAAGCAUCUGGAAAGGGCUUUUGAUAUGUUGUCAGAGUGUGGAUUCCACAUGGUGGCCUGUAACUCCUCAGUGACAGCAUCUUUUGUCAACCAAUAUACAGAUGACAAGAUCUGGUCAAGCUACACUGAAUAUGUCUUCUACCGUGAGCCUUCCAGGUGGUCAUCCUCACACUGCCACUGCUGCUGCAAGAGCACCGCAGGCGACAAAGAAGGGGAGAGUGGCACGUCUUGCAACGACCUCUCCACCUCUAGCUGCGACAGCCAGUCUGAGGCCAGCUCUCCGCAGGAGACGGUCAUCUGUGGGCCCGUGACACGCCAGACCAACAUCCAGACUCUGGACCGUCCCAUCAAGAAGGGCCCCGUGCAGCUGAUCCAGCAGUCGGAGAUGCGGCGGAAAAGCGAUCUGCUCCGGACUCUGACUUCGGGCUCCAGGGAGUCGAACAUGAGCAGCAAAAAAAAAGCUGUUAAGGAAAAGCUCUCCAUUGAGGAAGAGCUGGAGAAAUGCAUCCAGGAUUUCCUAAAGAUCAAAAUCCCAGAUCGGUUCCCCGAGAGAAAACAUCCUUGGCAGUCUGAACUUUUACGGAAGUAUCAUCUAUAGGGGAGGGGCGGGGGGCGGGGCAAUGGGAGAAGAAAGAAAUCAUGUCACUAUUUGGAAAUAAACCUCCUAGCGAAAUUCACAUUUGAAAGAAAAGUAACAACUAACAAUACGUUUGUGAGAACACAGUAGCCCAUCGAUACACUACUGCCUAUUUACCUAGUUCACCUUAACAUUUAAAUCCACAGGGUAGAUCUCUUUCCAGAUGUGGAAUUAUAAGAAAAUCUCUUUUUGGUUACUUGUUUGUUUGUUCACUGGGUCCCGUGUGCUGAGCAUCUUACGUAUAAGGAGAGCCAGCUACAGAGGAGUAGCUGAGAGGCCUUGGGAGUCCUCUCUCCCCAACUGGGUUUUUCUCUCAUCUUCUCCCUCCCUCCUUUGAAUGAGAGCAUGGUAGAAAGAGAUCUGGCCCAAUGGCAUAGGUUCGGGUUUUUUUAAUUUUCCUUUUCCUUUUUGUUUAUGGGGUGGGGGGGAAUGGCAGAUUUAUAUGACUUUUCACUCAAAUCUAUUAUGUGCCAGUUUAUAUUGACGACAUACGCAUGAGUAUUUGUGCAAACACAAGCACAACGAUGUAUGUACAUACACACAGUGCACACAUGUCCCCAGGGCCGGGGCAUCCUAAGGGGAUCACCCCUGCUCCCAGCAGCAACCUCUUAGACUCCUUCAGACAGAGGAGUCUCAGCUCCUUUCUUAAAACCCUUCUGGGAAGAUUUCCCAGCCUCUUUUGGCAACACUUUCUACCAUCAGGUAACCCUCGUCGUCAACAAAUUGUCUUCCUUAUUUUGAAAUGAACACCCUCAGGCUCCAUAGUACGGUUUUGCUCUUUCUCUGCACUAGGAGAGGGUGAGAAGAGCUAGUAAAACAUUCUUUGUAUUAAAGAAACAGACAUUCCUAGCCGUGAAAAUUCUCCCUGACCCCACACUCAGCCUUCCCCACCCUGAGCUGAGUUACCUUCCUUCUCUCAAUGUUUUCAGAGUCCUUCCUGCCCACGUUUUAAUGGCCUGGGCUUUUCAUGUAAUCUGCAUUCAGUUCUCUGCGUCCCUAUAUGGCUGUGGAAGUAAGAACAACACACAGGACUUGAAUAGGGGUCCAGCCUUUCAUUUUGUUUCUUGAAGAAGCACUUGUUUUCCACACUCUACCUGAUUUCUCAUAGCCUUUUCAAACUACAGUGCUACAUUGUUACUUCCUGGUAGCUGGUCUUGUCUUUAGUAUUCUGGGAUUUGGCUGUGUCUGUACUAUGAUGUGGCUGUCAUUUCCUUGAUAUGAAUGCACAACCCAACUGGAUAACUAGAGCUUGAAAAUGAAGGUUUUGGCUUUCUAAGCUAUCUUUCUUGAGUCCAUCUUUGGCCUGUAGAGACACAGCCAAAAAGAAACUGUUAAUAGCCAUCUAUCCAUAUGGUUCUGUAUUCCAUAAAUGUACUAAUAGGUCUUUCAUAGGCUUGUGGUAAAUGAGGAUGAAAAGACCAGUUUUUAUUUUCAGCAUUCCUCAUGCAUUUCAGUGGGAACUUAAACAAUAAUUUGUCAAUCAUUGUUUGUGUGCCAAGCACUCCUAUUUUUAUUUUUUAUUGUGUGUGUGUGUGUAUGUGUAUAUGUAUCACAGGUAAUAAAGGCAACUGGAUGACGUCUGUAGGAGGGAAAAGUAAUGGCCACUCGCUUCCUUUUGAAAUAUUUUGUUGAUGCACAUUUAUUAUGUAAGAGGUUCUCUCUUGAUUCCUGUUACUAGUGCCUAUUUAGUAUAUGGAUAUCUUUCUGAAUUUUUGUAAUUCUUGCCCUCACCUCUGGGCGACAAACGCAGCCAAUGUUUUCCUGUCCUGAGGUUCAAAUGGAAUUUAAAGGUCUACUUAAGUGAAAAAGAAAGUUCACCUGGGGAGUUGAGUUGUUAAGAAAUUUACCAUUUAUGAAUUUAAGUGGUGUCCGUUUAUGUAUUAGUAUAUUAGCAGGCAUUUGUUCGUAACUACAACAUAGUUUUGUAAAGCCUACCAAUAUGUCUUGUUUCCUUUCAAAGUUUCUUCAUACCAUACCCAAAUACCAUCAUCCCAAUGAUAGCAAUCCUGCAAAGAAUCACAGAAUUGAAUGGGUCAAGAAGAAAUUGAAUACAGAUAAAAUAUCCCCAAACUCACUUAGGUCGGAUGAUUCCUGUGGCCCUGUUGGAAUUUGCCAUCUACAUUAACUGCCCAAGGUUCCAGCUUCCUUAAAUUUCAGGCCUGACUAUAAUGGUGUCAAGACAGAGAUACACUAGUAAGAACUGGAGGAGGAGGAAGAUGUCAGUCCACCCCACUGCUUCUACCGCCCGCUUUCAAUAGGAAACCCAACACUGCAAAGAAAAUGUUCAUGGCAUACGUCCCUGACCCUUGACCCGUCGUGAAUUUUUUUCUCCAUAGGCAAUUCUUAGACCUCCCCAGUGAUCGAAACUGGUGGUAGGAAAUCUGAUUAAAACAAUAAUAACAGUUUUAAUCUGGGUCAGCUCUAAACUGACACCUACCCGAAGUAGUCCAAAUAGCUAAGACAACUGUGGGUGUUGAUUAUGGAGAUGAAUAUAGACCUGAUCAGGAAAUCUCUGAGGAGCCACCAAGUCCGUGGGAAGCUUCUGUCCUUGUUUGAGUGCAGUCAUCCCCUGAGGAAAGUGUGGCCUGCCACAAUGGAAAUGAGCUCUGAGUAAGUGAGUUACACGAUUAAACGUUCGGUUACCCCCGAUUCAUGCCAGUUUCCCAGAGCUUAGAAUAGCUUUAGGAACUUGUAGUUCACUUCUGGACAGAGCGAUAUAUGUGGUUCACUUCUUAAAUACUGGUUAUGAUGAGGGCCGUAAUUUGCUGAUAUGAAGAAACUAAGAACAUCCGAUGGAUCGAAUGAAUGAGGAAUCAUAUGUAUAGAACCCCAACUUAGGUUGCAGUGCUAAAAUCCAGUGAGGUUGGGGAUGUCACUCUCUACAGGUCCAUGGAUCUCCUGAAGUCAGAAACACAUUUAUGAAGUCCUCCUACCCAUUAUCAAAAAGGAAGUGACUUAUGUUUAGCAGGAAAGGGGGGAGACAGGAAAAUAAAACUGUGAGAUCACUGUGGUGUUGUGAUCUCCCUCCCCCUGCUGAGAAAAAAUUGCACUGAGAUAUGGUCAUAAAACAACAAAGUGAGGUGGCUUCCAGAAUAUGCUGUGGUGUAAUCCUUUGUGAUUGUAGGCAGUUAUCUUACUGGACAUGCAUGCCUGGUAAAUUAAAAUAAAAGGGGAACAACGCACAAAUGUGUUCCCUUCACCCUUAUUCCUCCUUAGCCAUGUCUACCCUCAACUGAUUCACUUAGGGAGACACAUUUAUUAGAAGAAAACUAAUGGACCUUUUCAUUUUUCAGUUGCCCUUGUUUGAUUCAAAGGCACCUUUAUUCCUAGGCACAGAUGUGUGUUCUUCAUCGUGGGCCCUCUUAGUUGUCAACAGCUUGUGCUUCUGCAUUACUUUUGCUUCUCUAGGCUUUAGAUUCCCCUCUGAUUAUCCUUUGUUGCUGCCACAGGCAAAACACGCUCCAGUGAGAAGAAGAAAAGGCAUAUAUGGUGUUUGGCAAAAUUUCCUGACACCAACUCCCAUAAUGGGAGCCACACGUAGAUUCUCAGACGUUUUCCUUCGUUAUAGUUGUAACCUUCCAACUUUGUAUGUACCGUGACGAAUUAACCCAGCGCAUUUGAGUGCUGGUAUUUUCUGCCACUAGAUACCAUCCUGUGGAAUUUGACUAACCUUGGUCUUCUAGAUGAUCUUUGCUAGAAUGAAUGAGAGUCUUUCUGUGAACUUUUAGGGAGAAUUCUUUGUCACCUCCACUUGACAUAGCAAUUUUCAAAGGAAAAAUGAAGAGAGUCAUUUUUUUCCCCCUGGUGACUCUGUAGCAGAUAAAUGCUUUUGCCAAUUUGCAUGCUGGGUUGUAGGUUUAGCAUGGGCCAUUUCUCUCCUUAAUGUCUUGGCAUUGUUGGCAUCUUGCAAUCUUGAUGGCCCACUGUUCCAAUUUAUUUAUUUUCUUUUAUUUGUCAAAUAACACACUAGAGAAGGAAUCUGAGUGAGUAUUCUGUAUUCUGAGUUAAAAUGGAGUUAGAUGUCAUUUGUACAGGACUGUACAAUGAUUAAUAUCUGCAGAGAAAUUAGACCAAAUGAAACCUGCUGGAAUGAGUUUGAUUUAUAUUGCCUUCAUCACUCUGGAUUUAGAUCAAAUGGUUAUUGCUCUCCACCCCUGCUGAAAGAAAAGAGUCUUAAACUUUAAUAAUCACCAUGUUAUGAUGCAACCACAGAACUUAUAUGUUUGAAACAUCUGUAUUUCUCAUCUUGCAACAUACAUUCAAAUGGAGAUUCUUUUCCUAGUGACCUCCACUGCAAACUUUUAUCAGUGUUGUUCAAUACUUGGUGUGCACAAAAAUCUUUUGUAGUACCUGUAAAAAUGCAGAUCCCUUUACCGUAGCUCCAGAGAGAGUGAUUCAGAAACUUCUAGCAGGGCCAAGGAAUAUGCAUUUUGGCCCAGCAUCUUUAAUGAUUUUGAUGGGAUGGUCUCUGGACCUUUAAGAAAUUCUGUUGAGGGAACUAUGCAGAGGUCUGUAUUUUCUCACUUCCUUUCACUUUUAUUUCCACUACAAAGAAGCCAAGGCUUACACUAUUCAUUAUCUUAAGAGAAAAGGCCCAAAGAAAAGAAUCCUAGGACUAGGGCAGAGUAGAUUCCAUGGUUCUUCUGCUGCCUGUCAACCACAGCACCUUUCCAUUUUGUGCAUAUUUGUGUAUUUUGUUUUUGUUUUGUUUUUUGCCAGACUGAAAGCCUGCAUCAAUAUAGUUUUAUGUCUUGGUACUGAGGGUAGAUGGGAGCACAUCUCUGAGUGAGAUGUAUCCUUAUGAUACCCAUCAAGGAAGGAAAAAAAGGUGAAGUUUCGCAAGGACAGUUGUUCGUUUCCAGGCCUUGUGCAGUCUGAGUCAGAGGAACUUGAUAAUGAUCCAUAAUUUAAUGGUGGUGUGUGUGGCCCCAAAGGCGGUCCCAUUAACUGCACAUAUAAACACCACCAAAAUGAAUAGGCAGUGAUUAGUGAAUUUAGCUGCAUCUCACCAAUAAGAUCCUGAGUCAUUGAAUUGCUAAGUUUGUCCAAUUUGACUUACGCAAGAUUAUGACACUCUCAGAUAGUUGAAGAUGCUGAAUGCCAAUAUUAACUAAAACCGGCAAGCAAAACCCAGGAGGAGAGGGGAGGGGAGGAGAGGAGAGGAGAGGAGGAAGGAAGAAAAAGAAAAUUCAAAACACUGUACAUAUUUCAUAUACGAUGGCAAGAAGGAGAUGAAUUUCUAUAAUUUUCCACUCUGACCAGAAGGGAUGGCCAUACUAUGAUUAUUAAGAUAGAAACCAUUUUAGGGAGUUUCAAUGAUCCAGGUGGUUCUACCCAUAUAACAGAAUAACUGGGCAGGUAUCAAAUUCCCACAUGAUACAAGAAAUAGAGAAUGAAUGGCUUAAAUACACUCUCAUGAUGAUCCUCCAUGAAUAUUUAAACACCGCUGUCAUAGGAAAGUAAAGAAAGGUUAAUAAAAUUAAUAAACUUAAAUUGCCAGUUAAGAUUAUUUGGCCAAGAUUUUUUAAAAAUGUUAAAUUGGAUUCAGCUUGCUUCCCUCCUCUAUUUCCCAAGUAGGGUCCCUUCAUUGUCCCAGCUUCCUAACCUUUAAAAAAAUGUUUCUGUUUGUGAACAAAGUGUGUUGUUUACUGGGGAAAGAAUUUUUAGUUCCUAGACUGUCACCCUUGCUUUAUUUAGGGAAUUUACUUUGAAAAAGCUAAAGAAAAAUGUACCCUAGCCCUGCAACUAUCUAGGGUUUGUCCUGGGUUGAACAGGAGUGGUGAUUUUCCUGUUAAUCAGCCUCCUAAAAGCACUUACAUGCUGACUGGAGGAUUUAGUGUCUCCUUUCUCCAGCAACCUCUUUCAGCUUGUCAGUUGAUUCUUAGAAUUGACCUUUAGCUAAUUUACCUGCAUUUGCACAAUAAAAAUCAGCCUCACUUCAGACUCUGUCUCCUGCUGGUGGUUGGCUCCAUCCAUCACAAAGGGAAGCAAGAUUGAUGCACCAGAAAGUAGCGGAGACUUGCUUAGUAACUGCACCUCCGUGUGAGUGUAUGGGAGUGUAUACGCACACUUGUGCGAUUUUUAGGUCAGGGUUGGGUCAGUGGCUAAUGUCCAUGAUAAUGCUAUCUGCAUGCAUGGAAAAAGUCUUCGGUUACAAAGUUUCAAAGCUUUGAAUUCAGCACGAAUUGGUCUUUACUAUGGGUGUCAGUGCCUGACAAUGUUGAGUAAAGCUGGUCUGCAGAUGUGGAUUUUGAGCACCACGGGUUUCAGGGUAAACAUCAAACUCAUUUUUAUUCAUAUAGUCACUAGUAGCAAUGACAUUUAGUCAAAAAAGAAAAAAAAAUAGAAAAGGAAAGGGAAGGAAAAAAGAUAACCAUGAAAGCUAAAAUAUACACAGGAUUCUCAGUGAUUACUGGCAGUUUUUCUCAAUUGCAGCCAGUGGUCAUUGAUUUAUUCGUGUAUGUGAGAGAAACAGUCUCUGGAAACACUCUUCUUCGAUUUGUGUGGGUUACGUGUAUUUCAGGCAGUGGGUCUCAUUCAAGGGUGAUUUUUGUCAAAGCCCCAGGGGACUUUUGGCAGGUGCCUGGAGACAUUUUUGAUUGUCCUGACUUGAGAGGUGCUAACUGGCAUCCAAUGGGUAAAGACCAGAGAUGUUGCCAAACAUCCCAGAAUGCACAAGACAGCCCCACAACAAAUAAUUAUGCAGCCCCAAAUGUCAAUAGCGCUGAGAUGGAAAAACCCUGAAUUAAGGGUUGGCUCUCAUGUUCCAAAGCAUUGUUGCCAUGAAGAGAAAGGACAUCUGGUUCAGGAGAUUGGAUGAGGUGGUGUGAUAGUAAUUAUACCACCUUACAUCUCUACAGGGUUUACUUAAGAUGGGAUACAAUUGUCCUUUCAUGCAAAUGUGAAUGCUGAGAUUUAGAGAAGUUUACAUCCUGGUUUCUGGGGUGUCAGUAAUGAUGGGGUAGGUCUGCGGUCUGGGAUUCUGUCUUCUAGUUACUCUCUGCCUCAGAAAAACGGUAUUUCAGUGAAGUCAUCAAUCUUACAACUAAAUGUGUUUGGUGUAAAGCACUUUGGGAGCAUUUUGAGUUCACAGGACCCUAUUAAGGAUGUUUUUCAAGCCAAACCACAGUAGCUAACAGGUGCUCUUAAGAAAUGAAACAGGAAAAAGGGAGAAAAAGUACUGAGAAUAGGCCAAUGAUUUCAUCGUCUUAAACUGCUUAUCAUGUACUUUGCUUCUUUAGGCGGAAAACCCCCUUGCUAACGGUGACAGAGCUAGGAAAAUAUUCUCAUUCUCAUACUGGAGGUCCCCAUGCCAUUAUUUUCAAAGACGUGACAAGUCUGAGCAUAGACCCUGGCUAUUGAGCCAUAUUAUUUCAUUUGUAUGUACUGACUUCAUUAGGACACAAAACAUGUUUGUGUCUUAAAUAUUUGACAUUUUUCUUUCAACUUCUCAUGCCAACAUCCCAGUGUUGGAAUAAAGGUCAGAACAUUCUAUCCUCAUGUCAUCCAAGGGAAACUGGGACCCAGAGACUUUAAGUCAGUCAUGCAUUCUUUCCUUUUUCAUGCAUUCAUUUGGCAGGCUUUUGUUGAGUGCCUACCAUGUACAGGCCACUGUGGUGAGCAUUAUAAUGUACUGGGGAAUCACGUGUGUGAUACAGCACUUGAAUUCCUAUCCCUCAAUUCCUAGACUAACAUUAUUUUUGUAUGUAAUUCUGAUCCACAUUCUAGAUUUCUAAUUUAAAUAUUAAGUUAUAAAUGACGUAUAUUAAGGAUAGUGUGCACACAAGGAAUAUGUGCCAGAAAACAUGCCUUAUCUAACCCUAUAAUUACCCAACAAAGUAGGCCCUGUUACUGUCCUUUUCUCACGGAUAAAGUCAGUGACAAUCAGAAAGGUAAAGUCGCACGUAACUGGACAGUGGAAGAGCCAGAUUUCCAUCUGGGUUUAUUAGACUCCAACCACCUCAUUAUAUAAUGUUUUGUCUCUGUUCUCUGGAUUUCACCUGUUUCUGGUUUCUUCUACUCUAACCAAAAGGUAGCCAGGAAGAACCCAGCCUGACACCCUUCUGGAAAGUCAUUAGCUAAUAAACUAUAAAUCCCAUUAGACAUGCACCUCCCUAGGAGAUAAAGAAGGACGCACCUGGAGGGGUAGUCUUGCCUCCCACAGACUGUACUUCCUAACACACGCCCUAUCAAGGGGCAGUAACGUUACAGAACACAUGUCUGGGGAACACUGAUGCCCUAAGAAACCCAAAGUGGUGAGAUACGUUCUGUGUUAAGACGAUGGUGCCUACACGUGCUUCCUGGGCGUUUACAGGUUACCAGGGAGAUCUCACGGGAGGUAAAAUAGGCCUGCGUGUGUGUGUGUGUGUGGGUACGUGCGUGUAUGUGCUAUUUUCACCUUUGGGCCUUCUAAACAAUAUCAGUUUUUUCAAGAUAGGUCAGAAAUCCAAACAUGAUUGGCUGCCCCCAGAAUCUCAUCAUUACUGUUCUAAGUUGGAAAAUAAGAGAGGCGGCCACGAAAGGAAACUGCACUGAAAUAGGAGUGCGUGUAUGAAGAAUAUGUAUAUAUGUGUGGUGUGUAUGUGUGUUAAUAUA